UUUAAUUCUAUAUAAAAACGUUGCCACUGUGUGUUCUCAUUCAUACCUCGCUAAAUAUCAAAAUGAUUGCCAGACUGACGCUAUUUAUUCUACAAGCUGCUUUACUGGAAGUAGCUCUGAGUUUGCCAGUACCAUUUCCAGGCUUUGGCAAUGGAUUACUGGCAAACAACAUGUACAACAACCCGCUUUCGCCGACUCUCGUGCCUGGCCUCCCCACCGUCGCGGCUGGCAGCGCAGUUACCACCGUAACGUCAUUGCCAAUUAACGGUCUGGCAACAUCUGUGUUCCCCGAAUACGCGCCUGUACAAACCACCCAAGUUACUCCAUUAGUGACUGAGAUAGUGCCAGCUCUGCAAUUUGGCGACAUUACAGUGACCGGUGAUAUGCCAAUUGGUGGCACUAUAAAAGUCAGUGGUUGUUUCCCGGUGUAUGGCACAGUCGCGGUAGAUGGCACGAUGCCAUCUGCUGGCACCGCGAUUAUCAACACUGGCGGUGGUUUCGUCACUCAGGUCAUAGAGCCGGCUUGCAGAUGCGGUGGCAUUUUGUAAUUUUGGUUACCUAAAUAAACAAUUAACUAAUUCACAA